AUGGAGACUCCUUGGGAUGGGCUUUGUGUGGUCCAUGUAGCAGUGUUGUACGCAUGCAUGGAACAGCCACCAACCACACUGAGGCCAUUUCAGGCCAUUGGCAGGCACCUGCUCUCCACUCCCCUCUCUGCCUCCCUCCCAGGACAAAAUCCUUCUCUAGUCCAACCUUGGACAAUCACAGACAGGAUGAAAACACCAUGCUGCCGCUACACACUCCUGCAGUCCAGCGUACUAGAUGAAACUUUUUCUCUGGAACCUGAAGAAGCUGCUGAACAGGAGGACCCAGCCUGUACAUCUACAGACGCACCAGCCUUAUGCACAGAAGACUUUCAUGAACAAGUGCUGAAUGAAAAGAGCAACAUUUUGAACUUAGAAGAAAUCCAGAAGCUUGCCCCACACCUCCCCCUGAGAGUGAUCGGACACCCGUGGGACCUCAUCUACUAUACAGCAAGGGAUGGAUUUAGCCUGAAGACCAUGUACCGACAUAUGAUUGACUUGGUUUCUCCUAUCUUGCUGGUCAUUAGAGACACUGAUAGCCAGAUAUUUGGGGCCUUUUCUUCUACAGCCAUCCAUGUCAGCAGCGGCUUCUAUGGAAAUGGAGAAAUGUUCUUAUUCUCCUUCUCUCCACAACUGAAGGUAUUUAAAUGGACUGGUAAAAACACCUUCUUCAUGAAAGGAGAUGCUGAUUCACUGGCAAUUGGUGGAGGCAGUGGGAAAUUUGGAUUAUGGCUAGAUGGAGAUCUGAACCAUGGAGGAAGUCAUCAUUGUGAGACAUUCAGUAAUGAAGUAUUAUCCCCCAGAGAGGAAUUCCUCAUCCAAGACUUGGAAGUUUGGGCUCUGGGUUAA